GAUAAAGAAUAUGAAAUGAAAGUAAAAUUCCAGAGAACAAAAGUUAUCACAAAUAUGGGUAGAAGGAAGAAGUCGAGGAAACCUCCACCCAAGAGGAAGAUCAUUGAGGCCUUGGACACCAUGUUCAACUGUCCCUUCUGUAACCACGAAAAAUCAUGUGAAGUCAAAAUGGAUCGGGAGAGGAACACGGGAUUCAUAACCUGCACUGUGUGUCUGGAAGAUUACCAGACUAGUAUCAACUAUUUAUCGGAGCCCAUAGAUGUGUACAGCGAUUGGAUAGAUGCAUGUGAAUCGGCCAAUACAUAGCACACGAAUAAUGGGGAGGCGGGUCAUGCAUAGAAUUGUACCACGUGAUUCACAACGUCAUAAAGACUCGUAUUUUAAGCUUGUGUGACAGUUUUAUUGCAGGAUGCAAUACUUUACAAGGAAAAAAUCCAGUUAUUCACACAAAAAGAUAUUUAUAUGUAAAAUAAUGUGGUUUACAUGUUGAUGUCAUCAUGACAAUGGUUUGUGAAUUUUAAUUUGAUAGUUUUUAUGUGUUCAUUUUACGGUAUUUUCUAAUGAUUUCACCAUUCGUCUGUCCAUCUUAUUGUUAUAUUCGUCAAUAAAUAGUCAAACUCUC